GCCGGCCGCCAGUGGAAGUUCGCCGGCUCCUUCUACUUCGCCAUCACGGUCAUCACCACGAUCGGCUACGGACAUGCUGCCCCAGGCACCGACGCUGGCAAAGUUUUCUGCAUGUUCUACGCGAUCCUCGGCAUCCCCCUCACCCUGGUUAUGUUCCAGAGCCUGGGGGAGCGCAUGAACACCGUGGUCAGGUUACUGCUCAAAAAGAUCAAGAAAUGCCUGGGCAUGAGGACAACCAAUGUCUCCAUGGAAAACAUGGUCUUGGUCGGCUUUCUCUCUUGCAUGGGGACCCUGUGCAUCGGUGCCGCAGCCUUCUCUUAUUUCGAGGGCUGGACUUUCUUUCAUGCCUAUUAUUACUGCUUCAUCACCUUGACCACUAUUGGCUUUGGAGACUUUGUGGCUCUGCAGAAGAACGAAGCUUUGCAAAAAAAGCCCCCGUAUGUGGCCUUCAGCUUCAUGUACAUCCUGGUGGGCCUAACUGUCAUCGGCGCCUUCCUUAACUUGGUGGUGCUGAGGUUUCUGACGAUGAACUCGGAGGACGAGCGGCGGGAUGCCGAGGAGAGGGCAUCCCUGCGCAGAGCCAGGAACAACAUCCAUGUGAACCCGAAGGAGGACAGCCGGAGCCGCAACGCUAUUUUUCUCUCCGUUGAGGACAGGACGAGCCAGAUGAACCUCAUCCCGCUGAUGCAGGAGGACGCAGAGAGGCAGCGGCGCCAGUCUGCCCACUCGGCCGCCAAGGUGCCCUCCUUCUGCACGUGCCUGUGCUACCAACCCCAGCUGUGCGGCAGCCCCGUGCCCUCCCACCCCGAGACCCUGAGCUGCCACACCAACCCCGUCUAUUACAACUCCAUUUCCUACAAAAUCGACGAGGUCUCCCUGAGCACGAGGGGGCAGACUGGCUCCUCCCCGGGGAGCACCUUGUCGUCCAGCAGCCCUCGCUGCCGGCAGCACUCCCGCCCGCGAAGGAAAUCCAUCUAGGAGCGCGUGCUCCAGGCGGGCACGUGCUGAGCCAUAUUCAGCUGCCCAGGGCGGAUUUGGAUGAUAAAUUAUUAACUGAGAAGUCAGGUCACUCUUG